UCCGUUAGCAUGAUAGAAUAUCGCAGUCAGCGGUUCCGCUCGCUGGCAUAUUAGCAGUUAGUUGGAGAAUUAAUUCAUGUAUUUGUAACAUUUUUUAAAGUGUAUCGCUCAAAAAAUCGGAAUUCUGUUGAGUGUAAAACUGAUUGUGAUUCUGUUGAUUUGAGUUCAAUGAAAUCAAGAUUCGAAACAAUAUCUAUAUUAAUUAGGAUCUUGUUACCCCGACAAAAGAAAAUAAUACGGUUUAAAAAUUGGACUUGGGGGAAGAAGGCAUUUUUUUCUACGGAUUUCGAUAUACGAUCAGAAUGGGUACCUCGACUUCAAGAUACACUGAUCAAAGGAAUAUAAUCAUUAGCCCGAGUAACGAACCGUCGCGAACGAUAUUCCCAAAGAAUCGUAUCGUGUCGAAGAAGUACACUAUUUGGAACUUCGUGCCGAAGAACCUCUUCGAGCAGUUCAGGCGGAUUGCGAACUUGUAUUUUCUUAUUACGGCGAUCGUGUCAACGUUAACGAAAUCCCCGAUCUCAUGUUGGACCACGAUUCUACCGUUGAGCUUCGUGGUGGCCGUGACGGCAUGCAAACAGGCAUACGAGGAUUACCAGAGAUAUAAAGAAGACAAGCACGUGAAUCGACGAUACGUAAACGUUAUCCGCAACAAGUGCGCCCAGACAAUUCACUGCGAAGAUAUAGUGGUUGGUGACCUGGUCAAGAUAUCUCGAGACGAAGAUAUACCUUGCGAUCUCCUGUUGCUGUACACCACGGAGGAAAACGAACGUUGCUACGUUACCACUGCUAAUCUGGACGGAGAAACUAAUUUAAAGACGCUGACACUGCCGAAGGUGCUCUCGGACAUGACUGCAGAGGAAAUCGCAUCAAUGGAGGCUACCGUCAUUUGUCAACAUCCCACUUCCGACCUGUAUCGUUUUCACGGCAAGCUGGAAAUUGCAAAUGGCGGCUGCGAAAUCAGCGGUCAUUUGACUCACGAAAAUCUGUUGCUUCGUGGAUGCAGAUUGAAAGAUACGGAACACAUAGUCGGAUGCGCGGUAUAUACCGGUCAGGAUACAAAGUUAUCCUUGAAUUCAAAAAUCAGAGGCAACAAAUUCUCUACUACCGAAAAAUCCAUUAACAAGUACAUCGUCGCGUUCGUAAUAUUUCUGUUCGUCGAAGUGAUAGGGUGCUGCAUGGUGAAAAUUAUACUGGAUAUGACGACAAAAUGGAAAAAGUACAUCGGUGAUCCUGAAACCCUCAGCUUUCCCUUGUUGGUCGAUGAUUUCUUCGGCUUCCUGGUUUUGUACAAUUACAUAGUUCCUAUAUCGUUGUACGUAACUAUAGAAGUACAAAAAUUCCUCGGUUCGUUUUUCUUCAGCUGGGACUUGGACCUGUACGACGAGAAGAGGGAUCAGCCAGCGUUGACCAACACGUCGGACCUGAACGAAGAACUAGGUCAGGUCGAGUUCCUGUUCACAGAUAAGACGGGCACGCUGACCGAGAACCUAAUGGUGUUCAGGCGUUGUUCUAUCAACGGGAAAACGUAUAUGGAAAAAGACUGCGACGGAUUCCUGUAUUCGUUGCCACCUAGCGGAAACGAAGCGGAAGCCGUGAAGCUGAUGGACUGGGAGUCUGACAUCUGGCACUUCAUGCUAAGCAUUUCUCUGUGCCACACUGUCCAACUCUCGCCACCGAGCAUGAGGCCGAACGUUAUCGCGCGACGCAUCGAGUAUCGCGAAAGCUUCAGGCAAAAGAAGAUCACUCGAGUAAACAGCUCGUUAAUGAUGCAUCCGGAUUUACCGGAAUACCAGGCAGCAUCAGCAGAUGAGAAGGCUUUGGUAGAAGCCAGCGCAAGAUGCGGAAUUAUUUUCCAGAACAGCACCAACGACGUGAUCGAGAUAAAAGUCAAAGAUAAUACAAUGAUCUUUCAGAAGAUGGAGAUCUUGGAGUUCACAUCCGAACGAAAGAGGAUGUCGGUGAUAGUGAAAGACGACAACGACGAUUACUUGUUGUACUGCAAAGGAGCGGAUUCGGCUAUCUUGCCGUUAAUAGUCUCAGGAAAGAUCAAUGAAACGAUCGCUCACGUAGCUGAUUUCUCUAUGAGAGGUCUGCGGAUACUGGUAAUCGCGUACAAGAAAAUGAAUCGAACGGAAUACGAGAAGUUGAUAGAGAAGGUGGAAAUCGCCAGGCAAGUAAUCGGCAUCGAGCGAGAAACGUACACGGAGAAGGCUUAUAAUCAGUUGGAAAGCGGUCUCACUUUGCUUGGUGUGACCGCGGUUGAGGAUCGCCUUCAGGAAGAAGUGCAGGAAACGCUGGAGUGUUUGUGUGUCGCUGGUAUUAAAAUAUGGGUGUUGACCGGGGACAAAGCCGAAACCGCGGAGAAUAUAGCUUUCUUGUGCGGUCAGUUCAAAGAUGGUACUGAAGUGUUGAGGAUGUUGGACAUAACGACAGAGGAAAUGUGCAUCGAACGUAUCGGGUACUUCGACCGACGAAUGAAACUCGAACCUCAUAAACACUACGGACUGAUAGUUGACGGACAUAGCAUAGGGAUAGCGUUGAGCAACUGCCCGGACGAAUUCCAGUCACUAGGAAUGACCUGUGAAGCAGUGGUUUGUUGCAGACUGACUCCAUUGCAAAAGAGCGAGAUAGUGAGCUUGAUUAAAUGCGCUAGCUCUCGACCGCACACCGCCGCUAUCGGUGACGGUGGCAACGACAUCGCGAUGAUACAAGAAGCGCACGUCGGGAUCGGGAUAAUGGGCAAAGAGGGCCGACAAGCGUCGAUGAGCUCCGAUUUCGCGAUAGCAAAGUUUCGAUUUUUGAAAAAAGCCUUGCUAGUCCACGGCCACUGGUAUUACAUGCGGAUAAGUACGCUAACGUUGUACUUUUUUUACAAGAACCUCUUGUUUAUAACGCCGCAGCUGUUUUUCGGUUUGGACAGCGGUUUCUCGAUCCAGGUGUUUUACGACAGUAUGUUCUUAAUGUUCUACAAUACGAUAUUCACGUGUCUACCAAUAGUGCUAUACGGAAUACUGGAGCAAGACUACAGCGCCAAUGUACUGCUGCGUUUCCCUUAUCUAUAUAAAAUGUACAGACAUAAUUAUUUAUUAAAUACUAAGCAGAUACUUUUGUGGAGCUUUCUAGGUAUUUGGCAUGCCAUUGCCAUAUAUUUUAUGACGCAAGUUACCAUACGUAUUAAUCCCAUCUUUUUGUAUAAUAAUACACCGGUGGAUCAAUGGACAUUCAGCACAUUUAUUUUUCAUAUAGUUACGUUCGUGGCUAAUAUACAGGUAUUACUGCACAGCUCGUAUUGGACAUUACCGUUGGUCUUGUCAGUGGUACUUUCAGAGGUAGUGUUCCUUCUGUUCUCUAUCUGCUAUUCUCUUGUACACGUGCGGUACGACGGCGACAUGCUGAUGGUCUUCCCAAAAAUACUCUCGUCGAUAUCGUUUUGGUUGCUGACUCUAGUCAUCCUUAUCGUCUGCCUGACACCUGAUUAUUUAAUCUUGACGUAUAACAGAUACAUGCCAGUACGUGUCGCGAGGCGUAACGAGGAACAUCCGCGAAACAGUAUCAUUCAUGCGAACGACCACGGAGAGAGCCAGUCGUCAGAGACAAGGUUCCGACGGUUUUCUCGUUUGACGUUAAGAAAAGAUGGCCUCGCGCAAAGCAAGAUCCUAUAACCAUGGUAAAGCCGUACUUUGAACACUGUCGACCGACCGCCAAGAUAGUGAUUUAUAGCUAGUCUCGCGACAAAUUUGCCGUUGAAACGCACACGACUAACCGGCAUCGGUGACUAUAUUUGUACGAAUUUAUUAUAACUUAUUAUGUUCUCUCUCAUUUUUAAUGAUAUAUUUAUUGUGACUAGAUCUUCGAGCGACAUGUUUUCUUUAUUUACUAAAUCUAUUCCUAAAGUAAUUUAUCGUUAGUGUAAACGGUAAAGUUUAUUUAUUUAUUUUAUCUUAAUCGAACUAUUCGAAGCUAGAUCAAUUUUAGUGCACAGUAUAAAAGGAAUAUCUGUGGAAUAUUUGAAAAUAUUCCUGAGAAUAUUUUCAAACAAAGCCAGUUAUCGAUCGCGGUUGCUCCACUACACGCGUUUCUAUGCGGUUUGAGCGAGCGACACGCGUCUAAGCCGAAUUCACAAUUUUUUCGUAUAUAAACAGUCUGCGUUUAGCGUACGUAUAUUCUUCUUGUUUUCUACACUCUGUUUGCAGCUUCAUUUUUAUAAAACAUAUUUACCAUUGAUAGAAGUCCUUAACGUAAUUAGAAAUAUGUGAAGAAAAUUUGUAGAGAAUUAAGACUUUUACAUAGCACAUCCUAUAAUUUUUGUCCACAUUUAAUUUCUUCGUCGAGGCGUAUUAUUAUCUUGUUAUAAAUAUUAAUUAAUAUCAUUUAAUCAUAAGUAGUGCUUUUUUAUUGUACUUGAAACUAUUAGGAAAUCAUAGUCUUCUAUGUUUUCAGUAGAGUUUAAACGUCAAAUAUAAACGGGAUAUUUAUUAAAUAGAAAAUGUCGAUAGUUUUCUUCGAAAUAUUUCUUUUUAGCACUAUGAUCCCCUAAUUAUUUAUAAAUUAUUUCAAGUUCCGUGGAGUAAAAAGUGUAUCAACAUGGAAAUUAUUCAUUCCAUUCUUAUCGAACCGUUACCAGUCGAACUGUUGAGUCAGUCCAGAGCAUGGUGCACAUAUGGUUGAACAUUUAUAAAGCAAAACACAGUGUUAUUUAAUAUACAAUAUUCAGAAAUAUCCAUAGUGAAAUAAUUUCCGGUUAUGAACAUUGAUCAGAACUGAGGACGCUUUUUAUUUACAUACAAUUCUUCGGCUAUCAAUAUACACCGCUCCCCUGAUUUACACAGGUGAUCGGUUCCUCAGAAAACCGUGUAAAUCGAAAUCGUGUUGAUACGAAGAACCGUAAAAACUAAAAUGUAAAAUAAAAGAAAUAUAUGUAUGUAUUUUAUAAACCGGAAAUCAGAGGAGAGGUGUAUAAGAAUUUAAAGCACAAAUUAUUAAUUUAAAUUCUUUUCUGCGUUCAUAUUGAUUUACUUCGAUGAUACUGAGGGUAUCGUAUUUCAUAAAAUAAAAUAAAUUUGUGUGAAUAUUAAUAGAACAGGGACACGCAGCAUAGGUAUUGAUUAAUAAACCUUUGAACUAGUUAUUGAGUCAAGUGGUAUUGUUUCUUCAAUU